AUGGAUCCCUCUGGCAACAGCACCAAUCGACAACGUUCCCAAUCUGUUGAAAUCGUUUCGAAACCCAGAUCAAUCCCGAAACGGUUCGUGAAGAACCAAAUCCCAGACUCCAUCCUCAACGAUCAAUCCCUAAAUGCCGCCAUCGCACUCCUCCCUCACAACUACAAUUUCGAAAUUCACAAGUGCGUGUGGCGUGUCCGUUCCACGGCAGCGAAGCGCGUGGCUCUUCAGCUUCCAGAAGGUUUACUAAUGUACUCUCUUAUUCUCUCCGACAUCUUCACUUCCUUUGCUGACGUCACCCACUGCUUCAUUCUGGGUGACGUCACCUACGGCGCGUGUUGCGUUGAUGACCUCUCCGCUGCCGCGUUAAACGCGGAUCUUCUAAUCCACUACGGCCACAGCUGCCUCGUCCCCGUUGAUUAUACCAAAAUCCCCUGCCUCUACGUGUUCGUCGAGAUCAAAAUCGAAGUCAACCAUCUGAUUGACACCGUUAGACUCAACAUCCAUAACCCUAACGGCGUUAAAAUUAUAUUGGCAGGCACAAUACAAUUCGCGUCGGCAAUUAGGGUUGCUAAAUCAGAACUAGAAAGACACGGAUUUACAGUUAUGAUUCCGCAAUCGAAACCGUUAUCGGCUGGUGAAGUUCUAGGUUGUACUGCCCCUAAAGUUUCAGUUCCUGAAUCGGAAUUGGAUUUGGAAUGCAUUGUGGUGUUUAUCUCAGACGGUCGCUUCCAUCUGGAGGCGUUUAUGAUAGCGAAUCCAAGGAUUAAAGCAUUUAGAUAUGAUCCCUAUAUGGGGAAGUUGUUUCUGGAGGAGUAUGAUCACAAGGGUAUGAGAGAGACGAGAAAACGGGCAAUUGAAAAGGCGAAGGAGGUGAAAAGUUGGGGCAUUGUUUUGGGGACAUUGGGGAGGCAAGGGAAUCCAAGGAUUUUGGAGAAGUUGCAGAAGAGGAUUGGUGAGAAAGGGUUUGAUUACGUUGUCGUUUUGAUGUCGGAGAUUAGUCCAGGGAGGGUUGCCUUGUUCGAAGACUCUGUGGAUGCUUGGAUUCAAAUAGCUUGUCCUAGAUUGUCUAUUGAUUGGGGUGAUGCCUUUGGAAAGCCGCUUUUAACUGUCUUUGAAGCUGAGAUUGCACUCGGGGUUAUCCCCGGAUGGUGGGAAAGAAGCUUGUUAGUGAAUUCAGGUUGUGGUAAAGAUGAUUCGUGUUGUGGGAGUGCAAAUGGGGAUGAAAAAUGUUGUAAAGAGGAAGUUCUUGGCGGAGAUUAUCCCAUGGAUUAUUAUGCACAGGAUGGUGGGGAGUGGAAUUCCUCAUAUGCAAAGAAGUUGUCUCGCCCUAUGCGGAGAAAUUUUACAGAAACUGUUGCUGGUUCUUGAUGUGUAGUUGGCAAAGAAAUACAAUGGUUGUACAUCAAAAUUAGUUGAUCAAAGGCUUAAUUGUUUGAAGAGUAAAGUCCCGAUAGGAAGCUUGGAAAAAAGAGAAAUGGCUGUCGCUUUUAGUGAAGGUUGGGGAG